AUGGUUCCGAUCAAGCUUUAUUUCUCUAAGUCCACGAAGAUUAUUUCCAAGAUUUCUUCAAAGAAAACUUCUACUCAACAUCUACUCAACGAACGUCUCAAAGUUACCUUGGAGUCGACAAGUUUACUUCCGCCCCCCCCGUCCCACGUGGCGGGGCCAUGGGCCCGUCCUCCUUCAGACAACGGCCGACGGGGGCUUGGUGAAGGGUCCCAGCCAGCAUUUUCCAGGAGGCUCUUACAGUCACCAACAGCACUCACAGAGCAGCUACCAACGGCACUCACAGAGCAGCUACCAACAGUACUCACAGAGAAGCUUCCAACAGCAACAACAGCCCAGCUACCAACAGCAACAACAGCCCAGCUACCAACAGCAACAACAGUCCAGCUACCAACAGCACUCACAGUCCAGCUACCAACAGCACUCACAGCGCAGCUACCCGCAGCUCCCACUGCACUAGAACCCGACUUACCACGCACCAGUUGUGCACCACAUCAUUCGAAGAAGCACCUACCACCAGAGGCCUUCGUACUAUCACUAACCGACACGCUAUCAAUGGUCCAGUUACCACAACAACCACCAACACACGUCUUUGGGUGUGUGAAUUUCUUCGAAGUUUCUCUCUGCAUUCUCUGCCUGUCUUUCACACAUGCUUGCGCAUGCAUGCUGUUAACCAAUUUGCUUGUUUGUGUAAUCAUUGGACUAUUUCUGUCAGCAAAGUAAUAUCGUGUGGUUUUAUUCUAAUAGAAAUACAUUUGUAUAAUAAUUAACAUUUAUCUACUGGCAAUUUCUGUGGUGAAUUAUGAAGACAUUGUGUGUAGUAGUGUAGUGUUUUAAUGAAUAAACAAACUUUAACACCUUUUAAA